UAAUACUUUAUUAAUACUUUAUAAUUACUAAUGAAUACAAGUCUGAUCACCUCUUUUUCUUUUCUUUUUUCCUUUUUUUUUUCUUUUUUCUCCCUCUUUUCCUUAAAAAAUAAAUAAAUCAUACUAUCUUCAAUGUACUGGGACUAAAAUAAAGUAAACUAAAAAACUACCAUGUCCUACGGCUCCGUAAACACCAGUAAAGUCCAUACGGACGGCCGGCCAAGCCGCCUAGCUCAGUCGUCGCAAAUCGACGACAAUGGCCAAAAUGUUCAAAACGAAAACGAAAACGAAAACGUAAUAUCUUCUAGCAGUGAAGAAGUAGAUGAUCACAGUCCUAUAAGUGCCGAGGAUGAGGAACGUCAACCCCUUUGGCAGAAACUCAAGGGUUUCUACGAGAGAAAUAUUGGCCUAGUCUUUGUAUUCAUGGCCCAGGUGUUUGCAUCGCUGAUGGCCAUGACCACCCGUCUCCUUGAGACCGGGUUCGAAGUCAAGUUCCACGCCUUGCAAAUCAUCUUCGUACGCAUGCUUGCUACCGCCUUCUUGGGCUCUCUGUACAUGUGGUACAAGAAAGUGCCCGACUUCCCGCUUGGCCGUCGGGACGUGAGAGGGCUCUUGGUUUUGAGAGGACUGGCUGGCUUCACGGGACUCUCUGGCUUAUACUAUUCGCUCUCAUACUUGGAUAUGUCUGAUGCGACGGUCAUCACGUUCCUCGUACCGACCAUGACUGCGUUCUUAUGCUUCGUGGCUUUGAAGGAACCAUUCACAGUCAAAGAGGCCAUGGCCGGCCUCCUCGCAUUCGUAGGCGUGCUAUUCAUCGCCCGGCCAACCUUCCUCUUCCCACCUCACAAAGACGAGCAACCAGGCUACGAAGGCACAAACCUGCUCCUGAACAUAGACCAGCCCAAAGGCAUCGUGCCCUCGGUCCCCGCGACGCCAGCCGAGCGCGCACUCGCCGUUAUCCUGGCCGUGAUCGGCACCUUCGGCGCAGCUACGGCAUACACCACCAUCCGCGUCAUCGGGAAGCGCACGCACUCGCUCGUCAGCGUCAACUACUUCGCCGUCAUCGCCACGAUCGGCUCGUUCUUUGUCAUCCUGAUUCAUCCGGACCUACAUUUUCAGAUACCGCAGAAUGUCACGCAAUGGACUCUAUUGGUAGCGAUAGGCGUGGCUGGCUUCUUGUUACAGUUUCUUUUAACCGAAGGACUUCAGAGAGAAAAGGCUGGGAGGGCGACGAAUCUAAUAUACACACAAAUGGUAUUCGCACUCGUUCUCGAGCGCAUAGUCUGGGGCACCACGCCUCCCGCGGAAAGUCUUUUCGGCAGUGCCCUGAUCAUCGGGUCUGCGAUCUGGGUUAGCUUGCAGAAGAAUAAGCCAGUGGUUAGUACUACUACUAAGCAAAAGGUGGCGGUUGACGAGGAGAGUAGCCCUCUACUAAGGAACGGUGCUUCUGCGGAGGAAUGAGAAGACUGCCGGGGUUCAGGAGGUUGGGCAAUCCUACAACUGUGCCGAUGGGAACAAAAUACAUACUCGAGGAUAUCAGCUUAUUGAGGUUAUAUAGAAGAAUUCGUGAGAUGCAGAGAGAAAGUCAAGAAAUAAAUAAAGUAAUAUCGUUUGUUAGAGAUAAGUGAGAUAUAUAUCCAACCAAACCUGGAAAGCUUCAUAUAACAUGCUUUCAUAAUGAUUCCAUAAUGAUACUGUUUACUCCUUUAACGAGACGUCUCAUUGAAGCUACUUGUCGGUCGGGAUACGGAAGAUGGACGUUUCGCGUAAGAAACUUAAGGGAACUAAUUACAUGAAACAUUCGCAGACAAAAGACACUGAUCAGUAAUUCGGAACUCCG